AUGCCAAUUCCAUUUCUGAGGAAUGUCUCACUACUUUGCGAAAGGAAGUUCGUACUCCCUGGGGAUUUCGUAGUGAAGAAAUUCGGACUGAAAGAUCGAAUGAUGUACAUAGUGAGCGGAAACGUUUACGUCCUUUCAGAGGAGGACAACGAUACUCCGAUAUUAUCUUUUUCCGGUGGAACGAUCUUGGGAGAGACAGCACUCUUCACGAGCUAUAGAAGUGGCGUAAGCGUUUUGGCUUACACCCCCUGCGAACUCCACGUACUCGAAAGAAACAAAUUUGCGAGGGUGAUCGUCCCGUUAUACCCGAAAAUAUACGAGGAGAUGAUCGCCACGAUGAACUCAAGACUUGAGAACGCCAAGUUCAUGAAAAAUAUCGGAGUGUACUUGAAGAAAAAUGAAAACAUUUUUAACAAUGACCGCAACACCGAUGUGGCUUGGCUGAAGUCGGUGCUCGGUGUCCUCCAGGGCGCUGUACGACCCGACGGAAAGUCCGAAGAUGUCGAAAGUCGGAUGAAACUCAUGGAGAAGGUUUACGACACAGUUGACAUUCGGUACACUUUCCGGUACCUCGAUACACUGAACAUAGCCUUGACUACGGACGCGGUAUUUUUGAGAUCUUCAAAGUGUCCGUGGAUCCUGAAACCCGACUCCCCGGUCCUAUUGAUAUGGGACACCAUAGUUUUGGUGUGCACGAUUAUCUUGUCUUACAUUCUCACGGUAAGUUUGACAUUCCCCGAGUAUGAGACCGACUCCAUUUACGCGUGGACCAGAUUUUUGGGACUCGUGGCCACCGCAGAUUUUUGGGUCACCGUCUGUACUGCCAUACAAAAGAACGACAGAAUUAUCAUCAUCAAGGUGUCACAGAUCUUGAAGAUCAGACUUCAUCAUUUGAGUUUUUGGUUGGAUAUAAUGGCCGCGGUUCCCUGGGUUUUUUUGAUCAGCGCCCAGUACGGUUCUUUGCGACUGCUCAGACUGAGUAGAAUGCUGAAACUGUACAAGCUUGAGCUGAUGUUCGAUCGGAUAGAAAAUACCCAUCGCAUAUCGAUGACCAGUCUACGUACGAUAAAAUAUGGACUUUACAUAACGCUGAUCGGUUUUUUCUUAACCGCGAUAGCGAUCAUCAUGUCGUGUUCCAGCGAAACCGGGCGCACCACGUGCCCCCCGACUUCAUGGAUUUCAAUCGCACUCGCCGACCACGAAAAACUCAAGGACAAAAUAUUCCGCUACCCUUUGCUAGUCGUUUACCAAACUAUACUGGGAAUUGGAACACCCAUAGGAAGACCAUCCGAUCCGACGGAAUGCGCUUAUUGGACUUUCAUGAUGACAGUGGGAGCUUUGCUCUACGUUUUCAACGUGUCGUCACUGUCGUCCGUUAAAGUACUGAGCCAAGUGAUACUGGCGAAGCAAUUUCACCUCAGGCAAGCGAUUCAGUACCAUCUCAACCAGACUGUGAUACCGGAUGUGUUGAAGAAACGAGUCGAUUCUUAUCUGGACACCGAACGUUGCUACGACAAAGGUUAUCGAAUAUCCACCAACGAGGACGUCCUGGCUACCUUGCCGUCCGAAGUUUCCGCAAAGUGGAAGUACGAAAGAUUCGGAAGUCUGUUGAGCAGCGUACCACUUUUCAUGGAGACCAGUACAGAAUUCAUCAAGGAGAUUUGUUACAUCGCCACGGUCGGGAUUCUCCCACCGAAGGAACUUCUCUCUUACGGCGGACGACACUGCACCGAGAUGUACGUAAUAGAGAAAGGAUACUGCGAAAUGAUUCACAUGGAAGCUUCCAUACCCCAUCGUACCGUUGGCGCGGGUACCGCGAUAUACCCCGUCGAAAUGUGCCUCCAAUUGCCGGUAGUUCACACCGUCGUCACAUCCACCUAUCUCUCGUUCGUCACGAUAAACCGAAGCGAUUUUUUGAGGGUUUACAGUAACUACCCCGAAGAGAAGUUCGAGUUCGAUCAACUUUUGUCGGAGUUUCUCAAAAUGGAGCAAGUCGUCGAACUCCACGAGGUCGUGAAAGAAAAGCCAGAGUUCAUCGAUGCGCUGGACGCGGUGCGUCCGCCGAUACCCUCUUUCACAUUUUUCGAGUACACGAUAAACAAGGAGGACCCGGAAUACUACGUGAUCAACGAGCCUUUCGAGAGGCUGAAGAACUUCAAAUUCAUCAAGUGGUUUCUUCUCCGUUUAACUCUACGACCUGACGGAACGUUCAUUAAAUUCUACGAGGCCCAGAGGUGUUUCUUUGCGAUAAUGGCGGUCAUAUUUUACACUACAAGGAUUGUAAUGGAGGCGGGAGACUUUACGACACUGGUUUCGAAAAUAAUCACCUUUCUAAACGCGACUGCGGUCUUGGACAUUUACGUCAGGAUGCACGUCGGCUACUUCAACGACAAAGGUCUCCUCAUAACCCAUCCGCUCGCCACCGCUAUUCACUACAUGAAGACCUCGAUGAUUUUGGACGUCCUUGGAAUUCUUCCGUUCGAGGCAAUGGUACCCCACGCGACGGGGAAUACAGAGGUACUUUUCUACUCGUAUUUAACGAGGAUUAUUCAGCUGCAUCGUUUUUUGGGAGCUACAAGUUACCUUCAGGAGUCCGAUUCGUGGACAAGCGUGAUAAAGUACGGAAAGUUCAUUCCCGUACUGUUGGUGGUGGCUCACGUAUUCGCUUGCGUCGUACUUUACGAGAGUUGCACGUUCGACGGAAGUUACAAAGAGAACGAACAGUUCGGAGCGGGAAUCAGGUGUCCUCAGGAUCGAAGUUUCAUUAAAUCGAGCGACAAUUACAAGCUGACCGUGUGGAUCGUUUACCGGAGAUCGCUCUACAUCGCCGUCAGUACGUUUACGCGGGUCGGCGUUGACGAGAUGCAGAUAAAAACGAUAUCCGGUAUGAACAUAUUCAGUCUGAUGUCAGCCGUGACGUUCAUGGUUCUUCUGCUGAUUACCGCGCAGAUGAUAGCCGACUCGGCUAUUCGCGAUGGUGAAUUGACGGCGUAUCAAGAUCGCAUGACAACGAUGGUCAAAUUUAUGCACGACAAAAGAAUCAGUCCGGAACUUUACAAGGAAGUCGUCUACUAUUUCGAACUAAUUUGGAAGCACAGACGCGGCCAAUCCGUCGAUCGAUUGAUAAAGACCUUUCAUUCGGCGCUUCGCGAAGACGUUCUUUGCGCGUUGUUCAGCAAAUCUUUGUCGAAGUGUCCCGGAUUCGUAAACGCUGGCGAAACUUUCUACCGAUACCUGCUCAUGCACAUGCACUCCGUUAGAUUUUUUCCAAACGGCGCGGUGAUCGUUCACUACAACGACGUACUAGAUUUCGUCGAUCUCAUACACACCGGAAGUGCCGAAGUUGUGGCUCCCGAUGGAUCCUACGUGACGACUCUGGGGCCGGGAAGUAUUUUUGGAAACCUCAUCGGAACGACGACGGUCAGAAUGCCCGUCAGCAUGGUGGUCAACGCGCACAUGGAAGCCCUCGUUUUCGAGGCUCCUCAGUUUUUCAGGGCACUGUCGAUCCACCGCAAGGCUCGGCAAAUAUUUCUCACCGCUAUCGAACUCAACAGCGAUUAUCUCCCCGGUAUAACCGGAGAUCACGAAGUUUACGUUACCAACGAGGACGAUUCGUCCUCCGCGAGCAGCGGCGAAGUUUCCCAGGGUAGGACGAUCUUCCGGGUUUUCAAGUUCCUCAGUAUGAGAGUCGUCGAUCCGAACUGGAUGCUGAUCAAACUUUGGGACAGGAACAGCCUGUUCGUUUCGUGUUACUUCAGCCCGUGCGCAAUUAUUUAUCAAAAUGCUUACGGCGACUUUCACAGAAACUGGAUUUUGAUUCAGUACGUAACCGACUUCCUAUUUCUCACCAUGAUGUAUCUCAGGGUACACAGCGCCUUCGAAGACGUCCACGGUAACGUCGUACGCGACAAACGACGAAUAUGGAGUAGGUUUCUCAAAUCGCGGAUGGGAUUUUACGCGCAUCUGGCUUCCGUUGUGCCGAUAGAGUUAAUAGCGAUCGUUUUCAGAGGCAAAACGAUGCGGAAGAUGUAUUGUCUUUUGCGUCUGAACCGCACUCUACGUAUAGCGGUUGUCGCCGACUUUUUCAAUGUCCAGUGCAAGAAGUUGAACAUAAAUAUUUUCAAGAUGCGCCUCGCGUAUCUGGUGCUCUUGUUAUUUUUCAUACUUCACGUAGCCUCGUGUAUCCUGGUUACGAUGACCGUGAAAAUUGACCCCUACGAUUUCGACGACCUCUCACGACGGAAAGCAUAUUUCAAAAACGCCUUCCAUGUCGCUUCGUUGUACGGAGGCUCCAUCACGAGAAGGCUACCGAUGGAAAGCUCGGGUAUCCACGUGGCUUAUAUCCUUGCCUUGGAGAUCAUGAUGUUUGUAACGUACGCUCUGAUCGUUGGCGACAUGUGCGCUAUGAUCGACGUUAGACAUUACGUAAUGGUGACUUACGAACGGGUCAUCAGACAGUUCAAAAGUUACAUGGAAACGUGCGACCUCACGUACGUGCUGAGAAAAAAUUUAUGGAACUACGGAUGUAAUCUUUGGGAGUUCAACAGAGGAAGGCAAAUUCCCCAUCUGGUACUGGAGGCUCCGAAUUACCUUCGACGAGAAGUGAAAAACGCUCUUUUCGUCCAUCAUCUUGAAAAUCACGAUAUAUUCUCCGGUUGUCACGAGGACUUUUUGCGUCAGGUUUGCGACGCUUUUGUCCUGAUCAAUUUUUUCCCCGACGAUCUGAUUGUGAACGUGGGCGACAUAAACGGAAACAUGUACUUCAUACACACCGGAAGGGUCCUCACGAUUCACUAUUAUCGUGAUAAUCUAUCGAAGGAAAAAGGGAGAGAAAUUUACGAAGAGGGAAGAACCUUCGGAUUCCCCUCGGGUUAG